AUGAUGUUAUGGAAGAUUGUAGUUGGUGUUUAUUAUCUACCAUCGAUGAAAAUCGCAGAAACUGAAUUAUCAAUUAAUUUUGCACGUCGUGUUAAAACAACUAUUGUUAAACAAGGUGAUUUUAUUAUUAUUAACAUCAUACCAUAUGAUCAAUCACCAAAGCCACCUCGUUAUUCAUCAACUUAUGAAGAUGACACAUAUCAAUAUCGACAUGUCAUUUUGGAUAAGAAUAUGUUAGCAUUAAUUCCAAAAACUCGUCUUAUGGACGAAUAUGAAUGA